AUGUACGCUCCUGACAUGUACACUCCUGAUAUAUACGCCCCUGACAUGUACGCGCCUGACAUGUACGCUCCUGACAUGUACGCCUCUGACAUGUACGCCCCUGAAAAGUACGCCCCUGACAUGUAUGCUCCUGACAUGUACGCCCCUGACAAGUACACCCCUGACAAGUACACCCCUGACAAGUACGCCCCUGACAUGUACGCUCCUGAUAUAUAUGCCCCUGACAUGUACGCCCCUGACAAGUACGCCCCUGACAUGUACGCUCCUGACAUGUAUGCUCCUGACAUGUAUGCCCCUGACAUGUACGCCCCUGACAUGUAUGCUCCUGACAUGUACGCUCCUUAUAUAUAUGCCCCUGACAUGUAUGCCCCUGACAUGUACGCUCCUGACAUGUUCGCCCCUGACAUGUACGGUCUUGACAUGUACUCUCCUGACAUGUACGCUCCUGACAUGUAUGCCCCUGACAUGUACACCUCUGACAUGUACUCCCCUGACAUGUACGCCUCUGACAUGUAUGCCCCUGACAAGUACGCCCCUGACAUGUACGCCCCUGACAUGUACGUCCCUGACAUGUACGCUCCUGACAUGUAUGCCCCUGUCAUGUACGGUCCUGACAUGUACGGUCUUGACAUGUACGCUCCUGACAUGUACGCCCCUGACAUGUACGCCUCUGACAUGUACGCCCCUGACAUGUACGCCUCUGACAUGUAUGCCCCUGACAAGUACGCCCCUAACAUGUACGCUCCUGGCAUGUACGCCACCUGA